AUAUUGCAGCAAAAAACCAGACCUUUCAUCCAUCCAUGCUUAAGGAUGACAGAGAGAGAGAUGAAGAAGCCAUACAUAGAAACUGGUUAGAGAGAGAAAGUAAUGGCUUUUGUUAACAAGUUAGAGAGAGAAUCUAGAGAGAGAAAGUAAUGGAUUUUGUUAACUGGCUAGAGAGAGAAAGUAAUGGGGUUUAAGAGAGGGUUUUAGGUCUACCAACUGGUAGUUACAGAUUGAACUCUUUAACCCAAUUCAAGAAUUGCAGCAACAACAUCACCACCAACACCAAACAAUUUGCCCUAACAGAAGAAAUUAUAAGUCAAGAUCAAAACUUUCAUUAUUUUACUUGCUUAAUUAUUUCUGGGUCAAUCUCAAAUUAGCCAAAAGAUUACCCAAAAAAGCUUAAAUCUUUCCAAAAGUUGCAAUAAUGGGCUUACAAAGAUACCCUCAAAGAGAAAGUUAUCAUUUUCUUUUUCUUUUUUAGAGAUAGAGAGAGAAAGUGAAGUGCUCACGUGGGGUUUUUGUGAAAUGAUUGUUGGAGAAAAAGAUUAAAAGUGAGCUAAUUUAUUCAAUAAAGGAGGAAAAAAGAAGAAUUUUUGUUUAUGAUUUUGUAUAAUUUGUAUGCAUAGUUGAAAUUUAGAGUGUGUUUGUGCAGAGAAUGAGCGGAUGUUCCUAAUUCUACGUGUCAAACUUGGUUCACGUAAUAAUUUCUCGUAUGUGUAUGUAUUGAAAAAGUGAAGGGUGGUUAUAGUUUAUGUAUUGGGAUCAUCAGAUUUGGAGAUCAAGUUUGUGUUUUUGAUGAUUUUUUCUGUUCCCCAAAACACCCACAGAUGUUACUGGUUUUCAGUUACUCAGAUGAUUAUGUAAUUUGAGUUGACUGAUAAGUGGAGGAAGACAAAGACUAUAGAAUUAGAUAUGGCUACAUAUUAUGCUAAUGGAAAUAACCAAAGAGAUGGUGCACAAAUGGUAUAUAUACCAGGUUCGUAUUCAGAUACAUCGGUUCUUCCUGGGAAUGUGAUGAUGUAUGUGAAUUCUGGAUCAUAUUCGGAUACAUUAGCUGCUCAUUCCCAGCAGCAAAACAAUUGUAUUGAAAUUCAGAAUGCGGAGACUUCGGAUUCAAAUCAUCAGCAGCAAGGUAUUAUGUCAAGCCUCAGUGGAUCACGAAUGGGGGAGCAUAAUUUUAAUGCAUGGAGAGAUGGUAGAAAUGAUUUGCUGAUUAUGCAGUCAAUGAAUGGACAAUCUGGGAUUCUUCACAAUGGGCAGAAUUUGCAAGGUCAGGGCUUGUCACUCAGCCUCGGCACACAAAUUCCUUCCGGAAUCCAAAUGCCCUCCAUCUCGUACAGGAAUCAAAAUCCAGGCCUGGCUUCAUUUUUAAGUCCUACUCCAACAAUCAUGGAUGAGGAUGGUGGCAGGAAUGACUCAUCUAGAGAUGAGCAGUCGAAACAUGCUGAAUAUCAUCUGUCUCCUAAUUAUUCCGGAGCUAAUCAAGAUUUGAAUAAAGGGGACUUAUCUCCGUAUGGAUUGACUAGUUUUGCAAGAACUAUUCCGAGUUCUAAGUAUCUUAAGGCAGCACAACAACUGCUUGAUGAAGUUGUCAAUGUUCGAAAAGCUCUCAAGCAGCCUGAUAAAGAAAAAAACCAAAGCACAAAUGAGCACGAGAUGAAUAGUUCUAAAGAAGGCGAUGGAAGAUCGAAAGACGAGUCUUCCAACCAUCAAGAAUCAACCAAUAACUUGCCAAAUGAGCCUUCUCAUGCUGAACGUCAAGAAUUGCAGAAUAAGCUGACGAAGCUUUUGUCCAUGUUAGAGGAGGUCGAUAGAAGGUACAAGCAGUACUAUCACCAGAUGCAAAUUGUGGUUUCGUCAUUUGAUGUGAUAGCCGGGUGUGGGGCAGCUAAACCAUACACAUCACUUGCCCUCCAGACUAUAUCUCGCCACUUUAGGUGCUUGCGUGAUGCAAUAAGCGGUCAAAUUCGAGCAACACGCAAGAACCUCGGGGAGCAAGAAACAUCAGAAAAUGGUAAAGGAGUUGGAAUAACUCGCCUGCGAUAUGUGGAUCAGCAGCUCAGGCAACAGAGGGCUCUUCAGCAGCUUGGAAUGAUGCAGCAACAUGCAUGGAGGCCACAAAGGGGUUUACCUGAAAGCUCAGUUUCAAUUCUUCGUGCUUGGCUGUUUGAGCAUUUUCUUCAUCCUUACCCUAAGGAUUCCGAUAAGAUCAUGCUGGCAAGGCAAACAGGCUUGACAAGAAGUCAGGUCUCAAAUUGGUUUAUCAAUGCACGGGUGCGUCUUUGGAAGCCUAUGGUAGAAGAAAUGUAUAAAGAAGAGGCUGGUGAUGCAGAGAUGGAGUCUAAUUCCUCUUCUGAAAAUGCUAUAAGAGCAACGAAAGGCGAUAUCGGAACAUCUGAAGAUAGAGGGGAAGAAAUGCAACAAAGUGCAAGUUCAACAGCGACCGAAAGAUGUAGCAUUGGACCGUUAAUGGAAUCGAAAUCCGACCAUGUGUCUGAUAUAGAAAUGGCGGGAUCAACUACAAGAAACAAUUUUCAUAAUAUGACACGUGGCGAGGUGAUUACUGAAUACGAAUUGCUAAAGCUAAGGGAGGAACAAAGGCGUAAUAUGGACGAUUGCAGUCUAUUCCCCGACGCGAUGGUUCACCCUGACGGGGGCGGUGAUAGGUUCAUGGCGGCAGCGACUGCAGCCUAUCAUAUGUCGGAGGUAGGGAGGUUUGGGAGUGGAAGCGGAGUGUCGCUUACACUGGGUUUGCAGCACUGUGAGGACGGUAGCUUACCAAUGUCUGCUACGAACCAUCACAGUUUCGUUCCCAUGAGAGGGGAUGAGAUUUACGGCGCAACAGCAUCUUCAGUAGGUGCCGAGACAACCGAUUUCGAAUGUCUGAAUUCGGGGAACAGGCAACAUAGGUUCAGUUCCUCCCAUUUUUUACAUGAUUUCGUAGCGUGAAAUAAUCAAAAGAUCAUUUUUGAAAGAUUGGGAAGUUGUGUGUAAAGCACAGUUGUUGUAUAUUGAAAAGAAUCGGUCGGAAGAUUAGCAUAUUGUAAAGAUACAUAUUUUUGUUUGAUAAUUGGAAAGGGAAGUGUACAAUUGAUGAUUA